GACUUAUUUACAAAUUAUCCCAACACUGAAAUAAAGCUUGAUGCUAUGAGAAAAAAUAUCAUUGAAUUUCAAAAAGAAAGAUGGGAUGAUAAUUGGAAAAGAGUUGUAUUACCAUUAUUAUCUAACAAUAUUUAA